UGGCGACGUCUGCUCAUCUUGCAACGCAUUCUCUUCAUCAUUCUUUAUGGUCGCGCUCAAACGACGCGCGGGGCGCUUCAUCGCCCUCGGCGCCGUGCUUCUCCUCCUCCUCCUGCACGUUUCCCAGCUCCGUCUCGCGUGGCGCGACAUCGGAUAUCUCCUCCGGCCUCUCUGGGACCGCCCAGAGUCUGGGUUCGUCGUCUUUCCUCACUAUGCCCGGCCGCUGGGCGACACGGACAAAUGGUGUGCACUCCACGGCUGGACCGCGCGUGCGUCCAAGCCAGUAGUCGUCGACGCGCUACCCGUCGCUUCGGAACUGGAUUUUCUCGAAAUCCGGCUGCGCGAAGGGGCCGGCCUCAUCGACUUCCUUGUGGUCGUCGAGGCCAACGCCUCCUUCUCCGGCGACCCCAAACCCCUCUACUUUGCCCAGGAGCGCGCGCGCUUCGACGUCAUCGCCAAGGAGACUGGGGUGGAAAUCCUCUACGACGCUAUCACCGACUUCGAGCCCGUGCCCAAAGGCGACAUGACAAACGAACAUACGCAGCGCACCGUCAUAUCGGGGCUCAUCAACUCGCUGCGGCACCGCGGACGGCUGCCAGACGGGAGCCUCGUGAUCAUGUCCGACGCGGACGAGGUCGUGUCGCGCGGCACGUUGGAGCUGCUGUCUUCUUGCGAGGCACCCGAUAUCCACCUCAACAUGGCGAGCUACAGGUACAGCUUCGCGCAGCCGCUGCACGACGGCGGGACAUGGCGGCCACGAGUGCACGUCGUGGACGGCGAGGUUGGAUAUCACCAUGGGCGGGGCACAGACUUGCUGUUGGCCGACGCUGGGUGGCAUUGCACGUUCUGCUUUCGCACGCUCGAGGAGAUGCGGGCCAAGAUGGCAGGGUAUGGGCACAAUGAUCGCCUCAGCAGCCCCAAGCUGCUCGAGGAAGACGAGCUGCGAGCGCGGGUGUGUGCGGGCGAGGACCCGUUCGACAUGUUUCCGGUUAGUGCGAAUCUGGAGUAAGGUGUGAGGAAGCAUUCUCGUUCAAGGAGAUCGUCGCGCAAAGUGGCGGCGUCGAGCCCGUACACGGAUUCACAAAUGUGCCGAUCGCGUUGCAGGAGGAGCCCGACCGGUGGCGGUACAUGCUUGACCAAGGGUGCGAGCGGCCCAACGAAUAGGUCUGAGUCGAAGACCGAGAUACUGUAUCCGUGUUCGUCCGUCUGUAGCGUAUGAUGUGAGGCAGAGGCGUGAGUUGUACAUUAGAGUCGAAGGUGAGUAUGAGUUAGCAAUUCACAAGCAUUGAGGUGACCGCGAGGAGCAUGAAAGCAAC